AAAACCUUUUCAUUAAAGAGAAAAACCGGAGAAUAUUCAGGACACUUGCUGACACUGCUGCUGGCUCCCUGCAACAUCCCAAUGAAAGGAGAGAGAGAGAUCACGACCAAGAUGGACCCGUCUAACGGGCUGGACCGGCCGCUGGACAGCGUCCCGCACACCGAGGUGAAGAUGAAGGACAGGGGACAGUGGAGCAACAAGCUGGAGUUUGUGCUGUCUGUGGCCGGAGAGAUCAUCGGAUUGGGAAACGUGUGGCGCUUCCCGUACCUCUGCUACAAGAACGGAGGAGGUGCAUUUUUCAUUCCCUACCUGAUCUUCCUCUUCACCUGCGGUAUUCCCGUGUUUUUCCUGGAGAUUUCUCUGGGUCAGUUCACCAGCGAGGGAGGAAUCACAUGCUGGAGGAAGAUCAGCCCGCUGUUUGAAGGGAUCGGAUACGCCACUCAGGUCAUCGUGGCUCUGCUGAACUUCUACUAUAUAAUCGUUUUGGCCUGGGGAAUAUUUUACCUGUCCUUCUCCUUCUCCUGGAUCCUGCCGUGGUCCUCCUGCAACAACACCUGGAACACAGAAUCCUGCAUAGAAUUCCAAAGACGGAAUGAAUCCAUUGACCAAAGUCACCUAGAGAAUGCAACAUCACCCGUGAUCGAGUUUUGGGAACGCAGAGUUUUGCGGAUCUCAUCUGGGAUUGAGGAGAUAGGAACGCUGCACUGGGAUCUGGUCCUCUGUCUGUUGCUGGCCUGGGUUCUCUGUUAUUUCUGCAUUUGGAAAGGCGUCAAAUCCACCGGCAAGGUGGUGUACUUCACUGCGACCUUCCCAUAUGUUAUGCUGCUGAUUUUACUGAUCCGAGGGGUAACCCUGCCAGGAGCAUCCCGUGGGAUCAAGUACUACCUUUAUCCCGACCUGGGGCGAUUAGCAGACCCGCAGGUGUGGAUGGACGCAGGCACGCAGAUCUUCUUCUCGUAUGCCAUCUGUUUAGGUUGCCUCACUGCACUCGGAAGCUACAAUAAAUACAACAACAACUGCUACAGGGAUUCUCUGGCCCUGUGUUUCUUAAACAGUGGAACCAGUUUUGUCGCAGGUUUUGCCAUCUUCUCGAUUCUCGGCUUCAUGUCUUACGAACAGAACGUCCCGAUCUCAGAAGUGGCCGAGUCUGGUCCUGGUUUGGCGUUCAUUGCGUAUCCGCGAGCAGUGUCCAUGAUGCCCGUCUCUCCGCUGUGGGCCUGUUUCUUCUUCAUCAUGAUUGUUCUGCUGGGCUUGGACAGUCAGUUCGUGUGUGUGGAGAGUCUGGUCACAGCUACGGUGGACAUGUACCCCACUUUCUUUCGUCGGAAGAACCGCAGAGAGCUGCUGAUCCUCGUCGUGGCCGUCGUGUCCUUCCUCGUGGGUCUCAUCAUGCUCACAGAGGGUGGAAUGUAUGUCUUCCAGCUGUUUGAUUACUACGCUGCCAGUGGGAUGUGUUUGCUGUUCGUUGCUAUUUUUGAGACGGUGUGCAUCGCUUGGAUAUACGGUGCUAAUCGGUUCUAUGACAAUAUCGAGGACAUGAUUGGUUACCGUCCCGGGCCGUAUAUUAAAUACUGCUGGCUCUUUUUCACCCCAGCCACGUGUUUUGGUACGUUUGCGUUCUCGCUGAUCAAGUACACUCCUCUGAAGUAUAAUAACGAGUAUGUGUACCCGUGGUGGGGGUACGCUCUGGGCUGGCUCCUGGCGCUCUCCUCCAUGCUCUGCAUCCCGCUCUGGGUCGUUUCUAAACUGAGCACAGCCAAAGGUUCACUGAGAGAGCGUUUCCAGAAGCUCAUCACUCCCUCGCAGGACCUGCCCAAAACCAGACGAGAGCAGGAGAAGCUUCAGGCCAUCUUCACAGCCGACGGGGACGCUCUGCGCUCCACCAAAGAUGGGUACAUCCCUGUCAGCGAGAAGGAGUCGCACUGUUAG